CAGGCCACUUCGCCAGAUGGUGCAGUCUUUUCUUUUGUUUACUUGGCCGAGUUUCCGAGCCUCACCUAGCGACACAAGCCCGAGACCCUUCCGAGAAACGUCUCCGCUGGACGCGACGACCGACCCGGGGGCCAAGGCUGCAAGAUGGGGCUCCUGGCACCGCCCUGUCAGGACUGAUCCUGCUUCACACCCAACUGCUGUAUUUGGAACUGCUGCUCACUUUUUCGAGGCAACCUGACAGCCGAGCUGUGCCUUGUACUCGAUGUACCUGCUUGAGCAAAGUCUUGAGAACUAAAAAAAAAAAAAAUGACACGCUGAAAUUUGACCUAUCAAUGGACAAAACAAGGUUUCCUGGUACAAUGUCCAGGCAAGUGGAAGCAUCAUCCAAGAGGCGCCCCGGUGGUGGAAGUGGGCUGAACCCACCUUCUUCCUCCUCCAUACAGCAUGGUCAUAUUCAGACCGUGGAGGUGGCAAGAGGAAGAACGGGAUAUGGCUUCACACUGUCAGGUCAAAGCCCUUGUGUCCUCAGCUGCAUCCUGAAAGGAAGCCCUGCAGACUAUGUGGGGCUGCACUCAGGAGACUACAUCCUUUCUGUCAAUGACAUAAAUGUCUCCAAGGCAUCACAUGAAGAUGUGGUUAAACUGAUUGGACGUUGCUCUGGGGUUUUGAAACUCGUCAUUGCUGAGGGAGAGCUUCACAGGCACCAUCCACGUGCCCCGGGCAACCAUCACCACAGCAGCACCGCAGUGGAAGCAGCAUACCUGGACUCUUGCUCCAGUGAUGAUGAGCUGGAUGGCUUUUAUGAGAAUGGUGUAAACAACAACAGUAGAUCAAGUGGUGGAGCCCGUGGAGGUCGAUACAAACCCAAUCUGGAUUCAAAGCAGCUGGGCAUCAACAGAGCAGAGAAGGUAGUGGCAGAGCUGCAGUCUGGAGGAAUCUUUAACAUGAUCUUUGAGAACUCCAGCCACUCUUCUAGCAGCUCGGACAAAGAGAGGCCUGUGUUCAGCUCACCGUCAAAGCCACGUCCACUAUCUGAUCCAGACUUCCCUCCAUACCGGAAUGCCUCUUGUUCCCAGAGCAACCCCAAUCUCCUCUCUGAGAAGGAAAUGGCCCAGGUUCUAAAUGAUGAUUCAGUCUUCCCAGAGCUGAACUUCCGCCAUCUCCACCUCCACCACCAUGAAGAGCAGGAUGUGGACAUUGGAGCGGUGGCUGACCUGGGCCUGGAGCCUGCUGAGGGUAUCCUCAACGUGGGGGUGAUUGUGGGCUACCUGGGCUCCAUUGAGCUGGCCUCUGCAGGCACCAACCUGGAGAAUGACAGUCUGCAGGCCAUCAGAGGGAGCAUGAGGCGCCUCAGGGCUGAGCAGAAGAUUCAUUCAUUGGUCCUCAUGAAGGUCAUGCAUGACAGCGUCCGUCUGUGCAGCGACAGAGGCCACGUCCUGGCUAACUAUCCUACAGAAAAACUAGCUUUCAGUGCAUGUUGUCCCGAUGAUCGGCGAUUCUUCGGCCUGGUUACGAUGCAAGCCACAGAUGACCACGACGAUGCUCACUUCAGCAACGGGCGAGAUGAAGAUGGGGGUUUGAGGACUUCAUGUCACGUGUUCAUUGUGGACCCAGAACUUUGCCAACACCAGGUCCAUGUGGGCGUGGCCAUGCGGUUCGGGUUUGAGUGCACCCCUGACCCAGACACAGGUGGCUGCCUGGAAUUCCCACCCAGUUCUCAGCCUGUCCUCCAGUUCGUUUCUGUCCUCUACCGGGACAUGGGAGACAAUAUUGAGGGAGUUAGGGCUCGCGCCUUCCACGAUCCAGACAAUGAUGCCCAGCAGAACCACAGCACGAGUAGCAACAGCGAUAGUGGGAUUGGAAACUUUUUACCCGAAGAAAAGAGCAACAGGGUACUUUUAGUUGACCUCGGAGGUCCUCCGAAUCAUAGUCUCCCCUCUGGGCCACGCCACUGGAACGGUCCGGCUUCAUCUCUGCAGGCGUGGAGCCCCACCUUAGGAACCACAGCCCCUCUUCCUCCUCCUCCUCCUCCUCCUCCUCCUCCUCCCCCUCCUCCUAUAAUGAGAAAUGGCCAUUAUCGUCAUGAUCCCCACCUGGUGGACCUCCCUCAGCCUCUUCCCCUGGCUCACCCUGAUGUCCCUGGCAGGCUUUCCCGAGCAGUCCACCCACAACACUUUUCAGCUGGGAAGCUGGGAGGAGCUGUUGGGGGAGGAGAAAGAAGAGGGGUUGGGGGAGCAGUAGGGUUGGACCCACAGCAGUGGCUUCCAGUCCACGUUCUGAGAGACUGGCAUCAACAGCACCACCACAGCCACCUCCAGGGUCUGAGCAGCGAUCAGGAGUCCUACGCUGAGUCCACCGACGGAUGGUCAUCAGCCAACUGCAGCACCCUGCCCCCACCUAUGAAUAAGAUCCCGGCUGACCGCUACCGGGCCCCGCUGGCCCCUGGAGACCACAUUCAAGCCUCUGGUGGGAGCCAGCCUCCUCCUCCACCUCCACACCCGAGUAGCCAGCGUCUGGCUGUCCAGAAAGAUGAGUGGGGGAAGAAGCUGUUUGGUGCAGGUGACCGGGAGCGGACUGCAGCACGGAGAAGUGAAAGGGAGAAAAAACGGGGAGGGAAUUCAAAAGCGGGAGAGAAAAAGAGUGGUCGCUUCCGUGGGUUGACGAUGGGAUUCCCUCCUCUUUCCCAGCGCUCAUCAGCCAGACGCUCCUUUGGGCGCUCCAAACAUCUCAGCAUGGCCCGAUCCCUGGAUGACCUGGAGUCUGCUGCCGUCUCCGAUGGAGAGCUGAACAGCGUGGAGCUCCAGGGCUGCAGCAGUGACACCAGCCUGACCAGUAAUGCCAGCCUGCCCAGCGUCCAGAGCCACCAGCGUCACACUGACCGGAGAGUGGCCAGUUGGGCCGUGUGCUUCGAGCGGCUGCUCCAGGACCCCGUGGGAAUCCGCUACUUCUCGGAGUUCCUGAAGAAAGAAUUCAGUGAGGAGAAUAUUCUUUUCUGGCAGGCUUGUGAAUUCUUCAGCCAUGUCCCUGAAAAUGAUAACAAACAGCUCUCACAACGCGCCAGGGAGAUCUACAAUAGCUUCCUCUCCAGUAAAGCUACAACACCAGUCAACAUAGACAGUCAAGCUCAGCUUGCUGAUGACAUCCUCAACGCACCCAAACCUGACAUGUUCAAGGAGCAGCAACUGCAGAUCUUCAACUUGAUGAAGUUCGACAGCUACACUCGGUUUCUGAAGUCUCUGCUGUACCAGGAGUGUAUGCUGGCAGAGGUGGAGGGCAGACCGUUGCCUGACCCGUAUCACAUCCCCAGCAGCCCCACCUCCAAACACAGCACCACCGGCUCCGACCGCUCCAACCUUUCCACGCCCAAGAAGGAAGACAAAAAAAGCAAAUCAGGUCGAUCUUUGAAUGAGGACCCUCGAGAUGAUUCAGGAGACCGGAGGAAAGGCAUGUUUUUCUCAUGGUCCCGCAACAGGAGCUUCGGCAAAGGCCCCAAGAAACGAGAUUUGGCUGACUUCAGCUACAAUUUCUCUGGCAGCAAUGGUCGUCGAGAGUCCCAGGGUUCACUUUCUUCAGGAGCCAGCCUGGAACUGGGGACAUCAGGGUCAGGUAGAAUUGAGGCUGAUAUGGUUUGUGGUGCAGUACUAGAGCGAGGAGGAGGCAGCGCCCCCUUGAGACAGUGUAACAUAAACCUACCAGAUGGCUCCUGCUGCUGCGUGCCUCUGAGGGUUGGAGUGUCCAUCAGAGAUAUGCUGUUGGGCCUCUGCGAGAAGCUCUGCUUCAACUUGGCAGCUGUAGACCUCUUCCUAGUUGGAGGGGAGAAGCCACUUGUUUUGGACCAAGACUGUAUGACACUAUGUUCUCGAGAUCUCAGGCUAGAAAAACGCACUCUCUUCAGACUGGACUUGGUCCCCAUCAACCGUUCGGUUGGUUUAAAAGCUAAGCCAACGAAACCCGUGACUGAAGUCCUCCGGCCCGUCGUAUCCAAAUAUGGCCUGCAUCUCUCUAACUUAGUGGCACACAUUAGUGGGGAGUCGGAACCUUUAGACCUAGGUCUCCCUAUUUCCAACCUGGAUGGGUUGCGAGUUGUUUUAGAUAUAGCGGAAAAUGCUCCUGGAAAAGACACACAGAAAGUAGUUGCCUCUAAGAGUCCUGCUGCAGUCUCUACAAGUAGAAACCAGUCAACAACAGGGGAGGACAAGUCAACCAGGAAAGCCGGUUCAGUGCACCCCACUGGGGAAAAAGGCAAAGCUGGGCCCAGCCCAGACACAAGCAGCCAGCCCUUACUCAACCACUCUGUCUUUCUUCAUAAGGCUCCGGAGAAAAGAAAACAGAAAAAGAUUAAUAUAGAUGAAGCUGAAGAGUUCUUCAACCUCAUAUCCAAAGCUCAGAGCAACCGAGCAGACGACCAGAGAGGCCUGCUAAAUAAAAGUAACCUGCAGCUUCCGGACUUUCUGCGUCCGUCACCAGGGACGAGCACCAAGGCUGCAUCUCCCAAAUAUGGCCCUGAGCCAAGUUACUCCAUCCCUACUUCCAAUAAGUCGCCCGACAGUCACUUCCCUGGCAGCAGUCACAGGGGCAACAGGGAGAACAGCAACGGCUGGAGAUGUGGAGGCGGCUCUCACCUCAUCAGCGUAAGCCAUCAGUCCCAGAGCUUGGACUCUGCACUGGGUACAGAGAGUGUUGGGAGCAGGAAAACCAAACUGCCUCCUCCAUUUCCUGGCAGCAUCUCCCCUAUCCAGCCGACCCGAACCACUCAGCACGGUCUCCUGCAGGACUCCAGGGGGGAGUCCGUUCAGAUGUUAGAGGAGGACACCCUGUCUGACCUGACUCUUGUAGGAGAAGGUGACAUUAACAGCCCUAGCCUCAACUACGUCACUCCCUCAGCUCUACUGUGCAAAUCCCAGCCUGAACCCCAACAAGCACAGGACGAGCGGCUGAGCUCAGGUACCCCGCCUGUGUGACCUCUGCUUGACCUUCACAUCUUCCUUCACUUGACUGUAAGUGGGACUGAAGGCCCACUUACGUCAGUUUGAAGUCACUGUAUGGUCACUCUUCAUCUGUGGCAAAACGGCCCACAAUGCAUCUAGGUCUCCUCCCUUUCUUUAACGAAACUGAGUUAUUAAAUAACUUUUGGUGUAUUAGAUAACUAUCUGUAGUUUGAUGCAAAUUGCAGGAGCAUUUAAUCCCGACCUUGUGUAAAAGUACACACUACUCAAGAUUAGUUUGCUUAGUGAAACAGCAAGUUUGGUGAGUUUAUUUAAGUGUUUUCUGCACUUUUGUGGCCAGCAAUCUACUGUAAAUCAACAAGAGAAUACCAAUAAAACGGGCAAUAUACAAGAGGAGAGGAAGAACGGAUACAUUAGGCUGGGACAGAACCUGUCCUGAUUCCUGUGUGAUGUGUAUCUGUGUGAACUGUUAAAAGAACUUGCUGUGGAUUUGUUUUGUUUGUUUGUUUUAAAGAUGUAAACUUAAGGAUGUGUUUGGAUUUUCCUCCUCUAGUCCCCCCAAAGUAUAGAAUCUAAUGAUGCACUUUAGCCACUUGCAAACAAGACUUAACACACUUCUAUUUCUGUUUCUUUUUUUUCCAAUUUAACCUUCCAAAUAGACCAGAAAUGGUAGACCACUGCCGUUUUAAAUAAACUACAUGGCAUUUUCAUAUUAUACAAUUUGAGCAAACUGCAUGCUGACAUGGUGGGCCUGACCCCGUAAAUCCAGGCUCUGGUACGUCAGCCCGGUGGGUUCAUGCUUCAAUCUUUGUUCUGUUACCUCAGGCGUUCCACUUGUCACUCCUAAAAAGAGGCUAUAGUGAGCGCUCAUGCAUGCAGUUUCACCAAAUGAUUCAGAAGGAUCGACCUGAGCAGAUGAGCAGUUUCCUUUUUCAUCAACAUUUCAGUUUCAAUCAAAAACACUUUCAACGGUCGUUCCUGCAAAGUUUUAUCUGAAAAAGGCAAAACUGGUUCAGUUCGUGAAGGUUAGAGUUCAAGCUGUUCUACAUUUUCAACAUAGCAUAAUUUAUUCAUCCUUCUCUUCAUUUUUACAUCAAAUAGAUAAAAGUAUUAAUUUGUAUAUAGUCUACAAUCUGAAACCAAGGUGUUGUUGUAGUCAUUGCAUAGCAGCUAUGCUACAAUGUCAUUUUAGUUAUAUCUGAAUGAGAAUAAGUUCUGCUGAGUUAACUUUACUAUCUGUAAAUAUGUCAAAUAAAUGUUUUAGGUGUGAACUCGCUCUGUA